GGAAAGAAGCGUGCAGCUAGCUGGGAGACCCAGUACCGAGCUAAAUUACUGUACAUUCGUAGCAAGGAAGCUGGCUAGCAAAUAUUCUAACAACGGAUGUCCUGCUCUGAAUCUGAACUGCUAGAAAAGAGCGUUAGAACAAGAAAUACAUUGGCAUUGUUAGCUAGCUAGGUAAUCGCUGCGUUUGCGGUAUCAAGCUGUCCUUUCAGAAGUACGGGAGACGUAGCAAAAGGAUUACGAUAGGAUUUAUUUCACGGGUUAUUUUUGUGUAUUUUGAAAGUCAUUUUGAAAAACCAUUUUUAUUAUAAUGAUCUAGUCUACACCUAACUACAGUUAGUUAGCUGAAACUCAUUAAGAACGAUUACGAACUAUAGCUUGCUAGUAAGCAAGCGACAAAACAAUCCUAUCAGGCUAUAGCUUGCUAGCGAUGCACGUUAUAGUGAGUUAGCAUACAUAGCUAGCCAUACAGUAUGUAUUCACUUUAGGAGGGGUAACUUGCUACAUGAAGAAAGGAUUGAACCUACUCCUCGCUUGCCUUAGCUUGACUGAUAAAGAUUGAAUAAACAAAACGGGGAAGAAAUCUUGACUCACAGCGAUCGGGGGUAGCUGAACAGCUACGAAACAAAAGAAGAAAUUCAUUUUUAGAAAUAAGACCUAAACGGCACUCGUUCUAGUCUGGAAAGAAAUACAUUAAAUGAGAAAUUGACAUGAUGUUUCCACAAUCCAGACACUCAGCUUCGUCCCAGCAGCUGAAAUUUACCACAUCUGACUCCUGUGAUCGAAUCAAGGAUGAGUUUCAGUUCCUCCAAGCACAAUACCACAGUUUGAAGCUGGAGUGCGACAAGCUGGCCAGUGAGAAAUCAGAAAUGCAGCGUCACUACAUCAUGUACUAUGAAAUGUCCUACGGGCUGAACAUUGAAAUGCACAAACAGGCGGAGAUUGUGAAGAGAUUAAACGGGAUCUGUGCCCAGGUGCUCCCUUACCUGUCACAAGAGCAUCAGCAGCAGGUCUUGGGAGCCAUAGAGAGGGCCAAGCAGGUCACCCCCCCAGAGAUGAACUCCAUCAUCCGGCAGCAGCUCCAGGCUCAUCAGCUGUCCCAGCUCCAGGGGCUGGCACUGCCCAUGACCCCGCUGCCCCUGGGCCUCACCCAGCCCACCCUGCCGGCCGUCACCUCCAGCUCCGGACUCUUCUCCCUCUCCAGCAUCCUGGCCUCGCAGGCUCAGCUGGCCAAGGAGGAGAAGGCGGCCCGCGAGGGAGCCGACAACCACCGCGAUGAAGACGGGGACAAGUCUGACUAGCCCUCGGCCGUCGAGCCGCCAGCCCCUUUCUCCUCCUAUUUAGAUUGCUCUCUGUCUCUUCUGCUCCUUCAUUAUCCCUUGGCUUGUUCCAUGUUCUCAUUUAGUGAGGCUCAAUGUUUUUUAAUAGAAUUUUUUCUUUUAUAUUCUGUUUUUUUUUUCCCCUGCCACUAACGUGGCUUAAAUUUGUUCCUCUUUCUUUUUAACUUUGUUGCAGACCCCACCCCCUCAAACCGCAUCAUCGUAGACUGAAUCCGGCUAAUUUUGCCUCAUUGUCUUUAUUUUAAUGGCUUUCCUUCUAGUUUCCUUCUGUCCAGCCCUGUGCCCACCAUGCAGAAAGUGUAACCUCCUCUUUCAGAAGGAGUCCCAGUCGGAGUCCUGAGCAGAUGAGUCACAGACAUUAUCUCUCACGAGGCAGUGGCAGAAUACAUUGCAGCUCCCCGCCCUCUGUUGUAUCUAUCUACUUUCCUGAUUUCCGUUGUUGUAAAAUGAGCAUAUUAGAUUGUGUUGCUUUAUCGUAGGCAAAGAUGAGUGCUUAAACAAACGUUAGACAGACCUGCUCGCUAAGUGAAAGUGAUGCAUGAAACUGACCUAAAUCACUUCUCACAUGUGCGGUACCCUGGUACCCGCGCAGCCAGCUGAUUCAAGGAGGGAUUUGUUCAGAGUGUGACGCUGAGCUCUUAUGUAGUAGACUCUUUAGUGCUGCUCGUAGUGGGUGACAGUAGAAAAAGGAGUUCUAUUGAUACACAGGCAAAAUACUUUAAAUAUAUAUAAUCUAAAAUUAUUUUAAGAUAAGAAGCACCUUUUUCAAAACUAUUUCUUUCCCUCUUGAUGUGCUGUCAUUCCACUCUUGUGUGGUGAGCUGACAGGGUAAUGCUCCUAAGACAAACUGACACAGAUCCCAGCUGUUUUACAAUAUUGCUGUGUUACCCUAGACAAAUCACAUUCAUACAGGACCUUUGUGCAAAACAAGAGUACCCAUUAGUGGAACCUAUGAGUCAAGAAUUUAGUGAGACUAGGCAAGCCAGAGCCGCUCAGAACGCAUUGCAUAAAAAAGCUCCCACCUUAAUAGGGCUUUGUUUGUAUGAGGGGAGGAUGGGAGAGGACAGUUUGCUUCUGAAACAAUAGAGGGCAGUAAGCACUUGGGAAACCAGUUUGAUUUCCAUAUUGAUGAGAAGUCCUCUUCCCUUUUCAGGAAAAUUGAUGACAUUCCUUUCCCAGCUAUUGUUGCUCAAUACAUUAAGUCAGUUGAAAGUUUUUAUUCUCCCAGAAUUAGAUGUUGAUGACAUGUCUUCAGUGACCAGUUGUUUUAACCAUAGAAAUAAGUACAAGUGUCAUAAAAUGUAUCAUUAUUAAGAGUUCGCUGUUCAUUUAAUUGCUUCAUUUGCUUUGAUGUAGUUUUUCAGAAUUUACUGAAGUACGUCUGACAGUAUGGUAGCCAUUGUCUUCCAUAUCUCUUUUUUUCCAGUUUCCAAUCGUUCAUAGCUAUUGGCGUUUGACAGAUAAAGGUUAUACAGUUGGUCAUUUGGUUAUGUUUUGAGAAGGUUGACUUGUCCAUGAAGUGGUACCUGUGUAACCUUUCCCUGGAUGUGUGUUGUAUCCUACAGAGGGAUUGCUGUGUAUAAUGUGAGUGUAGAACUGGAGGCUGACAUGGAUCAAGUGUGUAUUGCUGGAAUUAUUGCAGAGGAUGAGGAUUUUGGAUUUGUUGUAUUCUCCAAACCCUUGGCUAUUUAACAUUUAACAAUCAGAUGGGGAAAUGGAAUGGAGUGGAGAUGAGGAAAAAGUAAUGGAGUAUUUUUGUUGAUUUUUUUAAAAAUUAUGCACAAAUUAAAAAACAAAAUUGCCACGUAAUGACAAAAAAUGCCCAGAUUUGAUUGACAUUCUUUUUGAAUGCAGCAUCCUCAGCCCUGAGAUUGUGCGUGGGGUUACACUCUAUGCACAUAGAAAUGGUCUGGCACUGCAAAGCUGUUGAUUACAGCGGUCAAGGUCAUGAUAAAGUGUGCAGAGAGUGUUUCUGAGUUGGCUGCUCAGACAGCCCACAUGUCACUAUAGGCAGCUGAAAGGCCACCUCUGUAUCACCUGAAUUGCAGCACAUGUGAAUUUCACCAGAACUGAUUCAUCCUCAAAGGUGAUGUAGUGUUUUUUUUUUUUUUUUACCUUUGCACUCCAGAUCUGAUGUGCUCAAUGCAUUUGGUCUUAAAGCAUUACCCAUAAAGAAUUAUAAAGAAAUCAAGAAAUAAAUUACAUAUUGAGAUUAAGACAAAUGAAUGGUAUGUAUGUGUUUUUGUGAAGGGUCGAUUUAUGUACACAAUUUAUGUAUAUUAAUAUACAUAGAAUAAAAAGAACCUUGUGUGUAUAUGGCUGCAUCUCGUGUCUGUCUUGGAUGACUUUGGUGUAUUGUACUACAGCACUGAUGUGCCACCUGAAGAAUGACAGCACUGGGGAACACUCCUCCUAGACCCCCCUGUCCUCAACCCCAACCCCAAGCAUUGCCUGCCCAUCUUCCUCCACAAUGGUGUGAUGCUUUGUAACCUGUUUGAGCUUUGUAAAGGUCAUUUUUUAAUUCUUAUUUUGUGUUGUAUGUAAAACCUUAAGUGUGUGCUUUGGCAAGAAAUGUUUUGUGUUAUGGAAAUCAAUACUAUAGCUUCAUUUAAAAAGGGGGGAGUUUAAAAAAAUAAACAUUUACUAUAAAUGAAAGACGUUCAGCAGUAAGGAGUAUUUAUGGUGCCUUACAAAUAAAAAAAAAACAA